CAAAUCUAAAAUAAUAUAAAAAUGACGAGCUAAGUGAUUCCGUUAUAGACUUAAGAAGAUGAGAAUUUAAACUCAGAUAAUAGUUAAUCAAUAAUAUCUAAAAAUUCAAGUGUAAGAUAAUAACCCUCUGUACCUGUACCAUUACCUCCAAUAAAAUUAAGGAAGAGAGGAACAGUAUAAUUGGAAAAUGAAGUUGAGGAAGAAGUCAAUUCCUUGCUUCACAUAAGUAUUAUACUAGUAGCCAUUUAAAGUGGAAACUUUUCUUUGGGAUAUUCGUUAUCUUAUUUAUCAAUGUCAUUCACUACUUUAUUUUCUUAAAUGUAUAUAUACUAACAUUUAUAUAAGUACAUUAUAAGGUUCAGUGAUAGAAGAACAAGGUCUAUUUAGUGCUGUCUUAUCAAUAGGUUAAGUAGUCGGAGCUAUAAUGACAUAGCCAUUAUUAAAAUACACUACAAGAAAUUAAUCACUUUUAAUUGCUGAUAUAUGUGGAGUAUUAAGCAUUUUACAAGUUAUACCAAAUAGAGAGGUCAUUUUAGCAUUUAGAUUCUUUUAUGGAGUAUGUUUAGGUAUUUCAACCAUUAUUAUGCCUCUCUAUGUCAAAGAACUCAGUCCUUAAAAAUAUUAUGAAGCCUUUUCAGUUAUGGCAGGUUUCUUAGUUGGAGGAGGUUUGUUAUUUGCUAAUUUUAUGGGUUUAGGAUAUUUAAAUGAUGAAUUAAGAGGAUAAAACUCAUAUUAUUGGUAAAUUGUUUUUGCUAUUCCAGCAUUAUUACACUUUCUUAGAUCAUUUAUUGUUACAGUUAUCUAUAAAAUGGAUAGUCCAGUUGGUUUAGUAUAAAUUAAAAUGCCAUUAUCAGCUAAAUAAAUUAUAGAAAAAAUAUAUUAACCUUAAUUUGUAGAAUAAGUUCUAUUGAAAUGUUAAUUAAGAGUUUAAUAUAAUGAAGAACAUUAAGAAGGACUUCUUAGUCUCUUUACGAAAAAACAUCUUAAAACAUUAGCAAUUGGAUGCACUUUAGUCUUUAUUUAUACUUGGUGUGGAAUAUAAGCAUUAUUUUCAUAUAGUUCUUAAGUAUUUGAUAUCAUGUCAGAGGGUGAUGUGGUACUAAAUACUAUAUUUACACUUAUUAUUGGAAUUGUUGUUUUCACUCCUGCAUUCAUCUCUAAAUAUGUUUAUGGAAAAUGGGGUAAAAGACCACUAUUACUUUAUGGACUUGUUCUACUUAUUAUUUGCUAAAUACUCAUACUUGGUUUAAGUUAUUCUGAUGCUUUAGCUGCCACUAUUAUUAAAUUCAUAAUUAUUUGUCUCUUUUCAUUUAUUUAUUCCCUAACUUUAGGACCUAUUACAUGGGUAAUUAUUUUUAUUUUAUAUCAUUUUAGUCUAUGACUCCUGAAAUUAACUCUAGUGAAGGAACUUACUUUUGUUUUGCUACUUUAUAUGCUUGGCAACUACUUCUUUUAUAUAUAUUCCCAUCUAUGUUAGAUGGACUUAAAAUGAGUGGAUCAUUCAUUCUUUUUGGAAUUUUAACUAUUCUAUCUACUAUAUUCUUUUAUUUUUUUGUUAAAGAAACUAAAGGAUUAAAUCAUAAAGAAAUAGAUAGAUUAUAUGGCAAGGAAUGA